UGUCAUUCAUGCUUUUAGAAAUUGAUUAUGACUCUGCAUUGUUGUGCAAGACUGAGGGAGUAGCUCUUUACUCAUGAGUAAAGCCUUCCUAUAAAAGAAAAGAGCAAGAGAAAAGAGAGGAAGAAGAGAGAGAGAGAAAGAGAACAGAGAUGGAGUCACAGGGCGAAGGGUACCCUCCCUUCUCGGUCUCAACUGGUGGUGAUGAGAGUAUGCAAGGUGUAAUGCAGAAAGAGUGGAACCCUUCACUCAGUGCUCCCCCUCUCCCAGAACUUAGGCUAGUCCUGCUGGGAAGGAAAGGAACAGGGAAGAGCUCUGCGGCCAAUACCAUCCUGGGAGGAAUAGGAGGGUUUGAGAUCGGCAGACCCACCGAGGAGUGCUCGAAAAGGCGAGCCGAUCUAACCGGGAGACGAGUCACCGUGGUAGACACCCCCGGCUGGGAAUGGUACUACCCACUCAACAGCACCCCCGACUGGGUCCGGCGAGAGACGCUGCGCAGCAUGUCCCUGUGUUCCCCCGGACCUCACGUUGUCCUGCUAGUGAUACGUUCCUGCGCCUCGGUAACGGAGUCCUACAGGAAGCAGAUAGAGGAGCACCUGGAGUCUCUGGGGGAAGGGGUGUUGGACCAUACCAUGUUGCUGUUCACCAGGGGGGAUGAGCUGGGUGUGGUGCCCAUGGAGCAGAGGAUCCUGACGGGUGGGGCUGCCUUCCAACAGCUGCUACGGAGGUGUGGGAACAGGUACCAUGUCCUGGACAACAGGAGCCGAGGAGAUGGAACUCAGGUAAGGGAACUACUGAGGAAGAUGGAGGAGAUGGUGGAUAACAAGGGAGGACAUUUUGGGGCAGAUCCUGCCCUCCUGAGCUUGGAGGCAGAUGGGAGGAGGAGAGCGAGGGAACGGAGGAAGAGACAGAGACAGAUGGAGGCCCAGACUCAGAGGGGUACCAUCCGAGCUGUGCUUCUGAGCGACACUGGAUCCCAGGGCUCUGAGUGGGACGGGAAACAACCAUUCUCCAAGGGUACCCGUCGUCUCCCAGAGCUGAGACUGGUCCUCCUGGGAGAGAGAGAGACGGGGAAGAGCUCGGCUGGGAACACCAUACUUGGUGGAGAAGGAGCAGGGUUCUUUCAGACAGGGAGGGUGACGGAGGAGUGUGCCCGGUGCCAGGCAGAGGUAGCCAUGAGGCUGGUCACCGUGGUGGACACCCCUGGUUGGGAAGGCGGAGUAGCAGGCCCCACCCCAGAGAGGGUAAAGCGGGAGAUGGUGUGGGGUAGCGUGUCCCUGUGUCCCCCGGGACCCCACGCUGUGCUCCUCACCCUGAGGGUGGACACCCUGGUCGGUGCCACACCUGUAAGAGAACACCUGGAGCUCCUGGGGGAAGAGGUCUGGAGGCAUACUGUCCUCCUGUUCACCCAUGGGGACCAGCUGAGGGAGGGGGUGGGCAUUGAGCAGCACAUCCAAAGCGGGGGGAGGGACCUUAAGUGGCUGGUGGAGAAGUGUGGGAGCAGGUACCACGUCAUCAGUAAUGUGAAUGGAUGUGGGGACGCCACUCAGGUGUUAGGCCUGCUGGAGAAGGUAGAAAAGAUGGUGGCCGGGAACAGGUGCGAGGCCUUCUCGUCGCUGGUGCAGGAGGUCAGCGACCUCACCAGACAGAGGAACGAGAAAUUCAACCAGCGUCUGAAAGAGGUUGGUGACAAGAUGCAGCGUCAGGAGACGGAGCUCAAGAGGAUGAGGGAGAGGGAGGUCAAGAGAAUCCGCUGGUUUUUCAAUAGGAAGAAGAAAGUUAAAUCUCCGGGGAAGUCAGGCGUGGAAAAAGAGGAGGACGGAGGGGAGGAGGAAGAGAAAAGGAGUGAUGGGAGGAAGAACGAAAUGGGCGAACUGGAGGAGUGGAUUAGGUGGCUGACAGAGGAUAAGGAGAGAGAGAUUCAGGAUCUGGGCAUGGAAAACGACAGAGUCAUCGCUAUGCUCAAUCAGAGAAGCAGAGAGCGAGAGGAGACAGUCAACAAGCUGGAGGAGAAAGAGAGAGAGAUUGAAGAGCUGAAAGAGAGAGUUGAUGAGCAGCAAGUGAAACUGCUCAACCUUGAGCGUGUCAUCGAGGAGAAAGAACGAGAGAGAAAAGAGAGGGAGGAAGAGUUUAGAGGAAAGCAUCAGGAAUGGAGGAGGGAAGCAGAGGAGUUGAAAGACAGGAUAAACCUGGAAGAAAAAGAAAAGGAGCAGUGGAUAGAAAGAGUAAAAAUGUCACAGAACGAGAUGUAUGAGUCAAAACAGUUGUAUGAGGAGACACAUUUACAGUAUGAGGAAGAGAUGGAGAGAAAACUGCAUGAAAAAGAGGAAGCGAUGGAGAGGAAACUGCAUGAAAAAGAGGAAGAGAUGGAGAGGAAACUGCAUGAAAAAGAGGAAGAGAUGGAAGGAAUGAGACUGCUAUCUGAGACAAGCGAAACAGAAAGGAGGGAUGAGCAAAGAAAGAGAGAUGCAAGGGAAAAUAAAGAGAUGAACAAGCUGAAAGAAAUCAUUGAAAAUAAAAAUAAAGAAAUAACUGAUACACAGCAAUUGGUUACAGAGAAAGAAAAAGAGAUUGUGGAAGCGAGGGCGAGAUCUGUUGACAACGUAAAAGAAAUUGAGCGGCUGAAAGAAAAUAAUGAAAAUAAGAAGUCUGAGAUGGUGGCAAUGCAACAGCAACACACAGAGUAUGAAAGUAGGAGAGAUGCCGAGACAAUGGACAAGCUACAAGGGAAAGAAGUGGAGCUCAACAACUUAAAACAGAAGGACCGGGAAAAUGAGCGAGAACUUGUCAGUUUAAGGCAAACCAUUAAACAAACAAAGACAGAACUGGAAAACUUAACUGCCACGAUGGAGAAGGAAAUGAUGAACAUGAUACAGGAAUAUGAAAAGGAAAUCAAGACAAAGGACGUGGAGAUGAGGUUGAUGUUAGAAGACAAAGAAAGUUCUGUCAGCCAACUGCAGAAAAUGGAUGAAGAAAGUAGGAAGGACAUUUCAGGCAUGACAGAAUACUUACGGGACAGCCAGAGGAAGGUUGAGGAACUGCAGGACCUGAACGUGAAAUUGAAGAAAGAGAUGGACAACCUCAGGAAGAAGUGUCAGGAGUAUGAGGAGGACCAGGGUUUUCAGAGAUCCAGGAGUGAGAGCAGAGAGGCUGGCAUCAGAGAGCUGCUCUGUGGAUAUGAAGAGCAGUUGAAAAACAAAGAUGGGGAAAUCCACCAUGUUAUGAAAGAGUGGGAGCUGGAGGUCGUUGCGUUGAAACAGACGAACGAUGAGAGACAGAAAGAGCUGGAGAAAAUGAAAGAAGAGGGAGAGGUGAGAGAGAAACAGGUGGAUGAGAUGAGAUGGUGUUAUGAGAAGAAUCUGCGAGAAAGACAGAAUGAGCUGAAACAGACGGCUGAGGAAAAGGAGAAAGAGCUUGAGAAAAGGGAGAGAGCGUUUGAUGAGAAGGAACGAGAACAAGCAAAAAGUAAAGAAGUGCUGGAUAACAGAGGAUGUGAACUUGAGACGAAAGAGGCAGAGCUAGUGAAAAGAGAGGAAGAGCUAGUGAAAGGAGAAAGAGUGCUAGUAAAAGGAGAAGAAGAGCUAGUGAAAAGAGAGGAAGAGCUAGUGAAAAGAGAGGAAGUGCUAGCGCAAAGAGAGGAAGAGCUAGUGAAAGGAGAGAAAAAGCUAGUGAAAAGAGAGGAAAAGCUAGUGAAAAGAGAGGAAGAGUUAGUGAGAAGAGAAGAAGAGCAAGUUAAAGGAGAGGAAACGCUAGUGAAAAGAGAGGAAGAGCUAGUCAAAAGAGAGGAAGAGCUAAUUAAAGGAGAGGAAAAGCUAGUGAAAAGACAGGAAGAACUAGUGAAAGGAGAGGAAAAGCUAGUGAAAGGAGAGGAAGAGUCAAUGAAAAGAGAGGAAGAGCUAUUCAAAGGAGAGGAAGAGCUAGUUAAAGAAGAGGAAGAGCUAGUGAAAAGAGAGGAAGAGUCAAUGAAAAGAGAGGUAGAGCUAGUUGAAGGAGAGGAAAGGCUAGUGAAAAGACAGGAAGAGCUAGUGAAAGGAGAGGAAGUGCUAGUGAAAAGAGAGGAAGAGCUAGUCAAAAGAGAGGAAGAGCUAGUUAAAGGAGAGGAAGUGCUAGUGAAAAGAGAGGAAGAGCUAGUCAAAAGAGAGGAAGAGCUAGUUAAAGGAGAGGAAAAGCUAGUGAAAAGACAGGAAGAACUAGUGAAAGGAGAGGAAACGCUAGUGAAAGGAGAGGAAGAAUUUGUGAAAAGAGAGGAAGAGCUAUUCAAAAGAGAGGAAGAGCUAGUUAAAGAAGAGGAAAAGCUAGUGAAAAGACAGGAAGGGUUAGUGAAAGGAAAGGAAGAGCUAGUGAAAAGAGAGGAAGAGCUAGUUGAAGGAGAGGAAAAGAUAGUGAAAAGACAGGAAGAGCUAGUGAAAGGAGAGGAAGUGCUAGUGAAAAGAGAGGAAGAGCUAGUCAAAAGAGAGGAAGAGCUAGUUAAAGGAGAGGAAAAGCUAGUGAAAAGACAGGAAGAAUUAGUGAAAGGAGAGGAAAAGCUAGUGAGAGGAGAGGAAGAGUUAGUGAAAAGAGAGGAAGAGCUAUUCAAAAGAGAGGAAGAGCUAGUUGAAGGAGAGGAAAAGAUAGUGAAAAGACAGGAAGAGCUAGUGAAAGGAGAGGAAGUGCUAGUGAAAAGAGAGGAAGAGCUAGUCAAAAGAGAGGAAGAGCUAGUUAAAGGAGAGGAAAAGCUAGUGAAAAGACAGGAAGAAUUAGUGAAAGGAGAGGAAAAGCUAGUGAGAGGAGAGGAAGAGUUAGUGAAAAGAGAGGAAGAGCUAUUCAAAAGAGAGGAAGAGCUAGUUAAAGAAGAGGAAAAGCUAGUGAAAAGAGAGGAAAUGCUAGUGAAAAGAGAUGAAGAGAUAGUGAAAAGAGAUGAAGAACUGGAGAAAAGAGAGGAAGAGCUAGUGAAAGGAGAGGAAGAGCUAGUGAAAAGAAAGGAAGAGCUAGUCAAAAGAGAGGAAGAGCUAGUUAAAGGAGAGGAAAAGCUAGUGAAAAGACAGGAAGAACUAGUGAAAGGAGAGGAAAAGCUAGUGAAAGGAGAGGAAGAGUUAGUGAAAAGAGAGGAAGAGCUAUUCAAAAGAGAGGAAGAGCUAGUUAAAGAAGAGGAAGAGUUGGAAAGUAGAAGACGAGAAGUAAAGAACUGGGAGGAAGAUCUAGAAAUAAGACAGGAAGGACAAGAGAAACAGAACCAGGAGUUGUGGAGCCGAGAAAAAUGCUUAAAAAGAAAGGAAGAAGAGUCUGAAAGCCUAGAACAAAACAUCUGCAGCAAGGAGCAAGACGUGGAGAAAAUAGAAAAAGAGCUGCAAAACAGGAAGAACAAACUAGAUAGUAGAGAAUAUGAUUUAAAAACUUGGGAAGAAAAUAUUAAGAAAAUUGAGCUGGAUCUAGAAAACCUGCAGCGACAACAGCACAACCGUCAACUAGAGCUGGAUGAAAGGGAAAAUGAACAAGGGAGUGGGAAGGAAGAACAUCAGAACCAGAGAGAGAAUCUGGAAAAAAGAGAGAGAGAACUGAGGGCCAGAGAACAUGAACUCGACAACAGGGAACAUUAUUUGAGAUGUGGAGAACAAGGGUUGGAAAACCAGGAAAAGGAUAUGAACAACCGACAGCACGACAUGGACAAAAGACAAGAAGAAUUGGAAAAUAUACAACAAGAUCUUGAGAAAAGGGAGCUUCACCUGGAGAACAGAGAAGAAGAAAUAAAGAAGCAUACACAAGCUCUGGAAAAAAGAGAGAAAGAGAUCAAAGACCGCUUACAAGGACUUGAAAAGAGAGAACACAAUUUGAAGAAUGGAGAGCAAGAGUUACUGAACUGGAGAACAGAGUUAGAAAUUCAAGAGAAACAUAUGAGCAACAAGAGCCAAGACAUAGAAAAGCUGGAGGGGGAGGUGGAAAACCAUCAACAAGAGCUAAGGAACAGAGAGGAAGGUUUUGAAGGAAAAAUGCAAGAGUUGAGGAAUUGGGAGCAGCGUCUAGACAGACUUGAAACAGAACUAGAGAGGAGAGAGCAUGAACCGAGGAAUAUGAAUAAUGGACUCAAGGAAAAGGAGCGAGAAGUGAACCAUUUUGAGAAAGAUCCGGAUGACAGAGAUUAUGACGUGGAGACUAGAGAGCCUAACAGAUUGAUACCAAGCCAUGAAGCACAUGGAGGAGAUGUUUGUGACAGGACAGCAAGAUAUGAUGAUGUCACACUAGGGGGUAUAGAUGAUUCCCAUAUGAUGUACCAGGAAGUAGGAGUGGUGGAGAAAGAAGGAUGGGAACUGCAGGGAGAGGAACCAGAGAGGAGCGGAAGCAUCACAGACAGGGAAGAUCGGAAGAUGAUGGAAUGUGCCUCGUCUGCAAUCUUAAACAAUAACUGUCAGUUUGAAAGAAUGGCGGCGCAAGAAGCGAAAGAGGAGGCUGGACAGAAUCUGGAAGAACAGAUGAAAGAGGAGAUCGAAGAAGAGGGAGACAAGGAGAGAAAUAGAGAGCAUCCCAAACAGGAAGGGGAUUCUCAGAACACAGGGAAAGAGUGUGUUCCAUUAAAAAGAGGGAGCCAGGAUGAGAUAUGGCUGGAAGAAUGUAGAAAGAGGGGGAGAAUGGGUGAAGAGGAGGGGGAGGAGGAAGAUGAGGAUAAUUAUAAGGAAAUUGAAGAUAUAAACAUUAUCUCAGACUUAAAGUUAACUCCAAGUCCAGGCCCCAGUGUAGCAAACACUAAACACAUACAAAGGUCUGAGCUGAGGCUGGUACUGUUAGGGGAGACUUGGUCCUCCCGUUACCCAGCAGGGUACACAAUCCUGGGAAGCGAAGCCUCACACCCAGGUGGGUCCAUCUCCAUGCCAUGGCGGGGACAAAUCGCUGGAAGGCAGGUCAGUGUGGUAGAACCACUGGGACUAAAGUGGCGUAACGGACCAGACGACAACACCACCAUCACCACAGACCCAACACAGCUCCAGAACAUCUUCCAUAGUGUGUCCCUGUCCCACCCAGGUCCCCACGCUAUCCUCCUGGUCCUACCAGCCUACCUGUCAUUCACACAGAAGUAUCGGAGAGCGGUGGAACACCAUAUGAGUGUGCUUGGGGAAGAUAUUUGGCAUCGCACCAUGGUGCUGUUCACGUGGGGGGAAGCUUUAGGGGAGAGCGCGGAGCAGCACAUACUGAGGAAUGGAGACCUCCAGUGGCUCGUGGGACAAUGUGGUGGUAGAUUCCAUAUUCUGGCCAGCAGGAAGAACAACUCCCAAACAGCAGAGCUAAUGGAGAAGAUAGAGGAGAUGGUGGCAGAAAACGGUGACUAUCAAUGUAAUGGAGACUGAUCUUCAGUUGGGAUGAGUAGAGAUGAAUGGAGAGACAAAGGAUGGACUGGGAUGAUAUGAGAGGGAAAUCAUCACAAGUUGUUUGAAAUCUUUGUGAAUAGGCCAAUGGUGGGAUGUUUUAUUUCCCUCUCACAUAUUUAGCAUAAGUAGUUCACCAAUGUCACAAAUAUUCCAACUUCAAUUAAUUAUUCCUCGACCUUUUACAUACAAUUGUCAAAUAUUUACCAAACAUGCUUGCUCCAAAGGACUUUUUCAUGUAUUACAUUUCAGAAAGAUCCAAAAUGUUAUGGUCUUUUUUGUUCCAGUUUCGCACGGAACGACCCAUAAGACUGCUUGUAGGUAAAAAAGUGGAUUUACAGUAUGUGAGUUCAUAGUUUCUCCACAAGAUGGAGAUCUUGUAUCACUUUCUAUGGAUGACAGAUGGAGCGUUUCAAGAUGCUGAUGUUGAACAUGUUGAUAAUAAAUUGGAUUAAACAGUUCAAAUGUGUCCACGCACCAGUACGUUUAAUGUAGACAUUGUAAGUGAAAUAAGAGGUAGGCCCGUAUCCCGUAUCAUAGAGGGCCAGGGCCCGUAUCCACAGUAUCGCAGAGUUGGAGUGCUGAUCUAGGAUCAGGUCCCUCCUUGUCCAUGCAAUCUUAUUCAUUGAGAUUUAAAAGGUCAAACUGAUCCUAGAUCAGCACUCCUACACUGCGAUGCUUUGUGAAUACAGGCACAUUUAUAAAAAUAGAAGAUAAACUGGAAAACCGAAUCAGAUAUUGUAAAACGUGAAAUAUUAAAUAUUACUGAAUUGUUGCAA